AGAAGAAGAAUGUGGGAUCUAGCAUAGGUAUUUCCACCUCCCCCUCAAAACAAAGCAGUCCAAAGUCUCAAGUUCCAAUUCAAAACUGGAAAUCAAAAUUUCUAAGUGUCCAUUUCCUUUCUUCAAUGUCUCAUCUUCCCUCCCAAUCACCAUUUCCAAUGCUCCUUCCAAUCUAAACCCUACUCAACACCACCAACAACAAACAUUACAAUGAACUCUCUCUUCUCACCUGAAAACCUCCCCCCACCGCCGGGAAUCCCAAUCCCCGCCACAAUCGCCGGCUCCGCCGCGGCCCCAACACCAAUACUAAUCCCAAAGCUCGAACCUUUGGACGAAUGGCUCAACACCCAACAACCUCAGGAACCCAAUUUUUCAAACGGGUCCCUCGACCUCAACCUCUUGUGCGACGAAACCCCCGAAGACCCCACCACCAACAACUUGUACACCGAGUUCAACCGAAUCUCCCACCUCUUCCACACCGCCUUCUCCAGCGGCCUCCAAAGCGACGCCGUUUCUGACCCCUUCUCCCAAAACUCCGCCGUUCCGGACCCCUCCGCCCUGCACCACCGCCAACCAAACGGCACCGCCGUCCCGGACCCGGAUUCGCGGGCAAUCGUGCCGGUCCCGGAGGAGGACGGCCCCUCUUCUUCCGCGGCGGUGGCGACCGCCACCACGCCGAGGCGCCGCUGCAAGGAGCUUGUUCGUGUGACGGAUCUCGGCGGGGCGGAGCAUCUCCACUUCCGCGACGUGGUCCGCCGCACGAGGAUGGUGUACGACUCCCUGCGCGUGCUGGCCACGGUGGAGGACGAGCGGCGGGUGGACGCCCGCCGCGCGCGCUCCGACUUGCGCGCCUCGGCGGUGAUGCGGAACUGCGGGUUGUGGCUUAACCGCGACAAGAGAAUUGUUGGUGCAAUUCCUGGCGUUUGCAUUGGCGACGUUUUCCUUUAUAGAAUGGAACUGUGUGUGGUUGGAUUGCACGGUCAGCCUCAGGCUGGGAUUGAUUAUCUCCCUGCUAGCAUGAGUUCCAAUGGUGAGCCUAUUGCCACCAGUGUCAUUGUCUCUGGUGGGUAUGAGGAUGAUGUUGAUGAGGGUGAUGUCAUCAUCUACUCUGGCCACGGUGGCCAGGACAAGCAUUCUAGGCAGGUUUUUCACCAGAAGCUUGAGGGUGGGAACCUUGCCAUGGAGAGGAGUAUGUACUAUGGGAUUGAGGUGAGGGUUAUUCGCGGUGUGCGGUAUGAUGGCACUUCCUCUGCCUCUGGGAAGGUCUAUGUGUAUGAUGGCUUGUAUAGGAUUCUUGAGUGCUGGUUUGAUGUUGGCAAGUCUGGUUUUGGGGUUUAUAAGUAUAAGCUCUGUAGGAUUGAUGGGCAGUCUAAGAUGGGCAGCGCCAUGAUGAGGGAGGCGCUUAUGCUUAGGAAGGAUCCCUUGUGUUUCAAGCCCAUGUGUUGUAUGUCGCUUGACAUUUCGAAUGGGAAGGAGAGUGUGCCAGUUCGGCUUUUCAAUGACAUUGAUAGGAACUAUGACCCUCUUCGGUUUGAGUAUCUUGUCAAGACGAAUUUUCCGCAGUUUGUGUUUCAUCAGAGUGGGAGGGGGACGGGUUGUGAAUGUGUGGAUGGGUGUGUUGAGGGGUGCUUUUGUGCUAUGAAGAAUGGAGGGGAGUUUUCUUAUAAUCAGAGUGGGAUUCUCUUGAGGGGGAAGCCUUUGAUUUUUGAGUGUGGCCCGUUUUGUAAUUGUCCUCCUCAUUGUCGUAACCGUGUCACGCAAAAGGGGCUCAAAUAUAGGUUGGAGGUGUUUAGAUCUAGGGAAACUGGUUGGGGAGUUAGGUCCUUGGACCUUAUUCAGGCUGGUGCUUUUAUCUGUGAGUACACUGGGGUUUUUCUGACUAGGGAGCAAGCACAGCUUUUGACAAUGAACGGGGAUUCGUUGAUAUAUCCUAAUCGGUUUACUGAUAGGUGGGCAGAAUGGGGGGACUUGUCUCCGAUAGACUCCAAUUAUGUGCGUCCAUCGUAUCCGGCAAUCCCUCCUUUGGAUUUUGCUAUGGAUGUGUCAAGAAUGAGGAAUGUUGCUUGUUAUAUGAGUCAUAGUUCAGCUCCCAAUGUGUUGGUUCAGUUUGUUCUGUAUGAUCACAACAAUUUGAUGUUCCCUCACCUUAUGCUAUUUGCAAUGGAGAACAUCCCUCCCAUGAGAGAGCUCAGCCUUGAUUAUGGGGUAGCUGAUGAGUGGACAGGAAAGCUCUCUAUUUGUAGCUGAAUGAUUUUGAAAGUUCCAUACACUUUAUAAUAUACUGAAGCAGAGUUUUGGGCAUUGUUCACAGAGGUUGCUUGAAUGCUGUGUUUCUUGAACAUCUUCCUCAUCAUCACCUUCCUUCAACUCAGCCAUAUAUGCUUCACUUUCAUCCCUUUUCUUUUGGAAUGCUUUGGUGAGCUGCUUCUUAAUUUCAAGAGAGAUCUUCUUAUAAGAACCAAUAUCUCCCCUUAUUCCCAUUUUGUGCCUUUUAGCACUAGUAAUCCCCUGUCCCACAAAAUUCACAAUUUACUGUCUUCCUAUCAUAUAUAUUCUUCAAGCUAUUCCACUGUCGUGCAUUGUCCAAGUUUUCACAUGUAGGCAUCAUAAGUGCACAAGAGGCAGCGGAGGAACCACCAAUCUUCUGAGUCUGUCCUUAAGAUGAUGCCAUUGCUCGCUGUCCAGUGGAGAAGAAAAAACUGAGAUUAGACCAGAGACAGCAGUGCAGAACCACAGAAGAGUAGAGAAGCUUGAUUAGCUGGAAAAGCACCACAGAUGGGUUGCUGAACAGAUAUGAGAGAAGAGGGAGGGGUUGUUGUCAAACAGAGAAAGGGUGAUGAGAAAAAUGGGUAUAAAUGUACGGGCUAUUUUCUGUGUAGCAUUGCUAUUAGCCUAUUACAUGGCAAAAGCUUGUGUUUUGCAACUGGUAAACACCCUGCAAUGGUAGAUCUAUGAUGGCCAAAGACUGCUCUGCCCUCCCCAGACUUCCAUCCUGUUAGGAACGAGUCAGAGCCACAAACUUUACUGGGGUAUGAUAUGAAAAGGAAAGGGUCAAAGUUUAGCAGACUGGUAGGAGGUUAGGAGGGUUAAUUAGUUCAGUUUUGUAUUCCCUAUAAAUAAGCCCUGUGUCAAGUAGUGAGGGGAACUUACGAGUAUUUCGUAAAACUGGGUAUAUUCCAGUGAGGAGAAAGCUCCUUUGGGGGUAUACUUGUAUACCCUGGUUCUUGGUUUGUAACAGUUUUCUGUAAUAAAGAGAGGAAAGCUCCUUUGUUAGGCUUUAUCGUUUCUUGCUCUAAAAAGAGGACCCUAACACAUCCCCACUGAGAUAGUGCUGCUAUCGCCUGUUAUUGAUAAAUAUAAGCAUGCCCUCUUACACAAAGUGUCUUUUGGGCUUAAAAUGUUGUCAGUGCACUAGGCCUUCAAUAUCAUGUUUUCAAAUUAUCUUUGUUCAUUCAGAAGAAUGGGUAAUGAAGAUUGGGUUGUUGAAGAAUGGAUAAAUGUCAUGAACCAAUUAUUCUAAAGGCUUAAAUUAUUGGGUGAAAGGCUCAUGCAUGGUUGUAAGUCUAACAAACUGCUUGUAACUUGAAUUGUUUUCAAAAGGCAAACUUCUCGUUCCUUGUUAAACUUAAAAAUGUCCGUACUUAAUGUUUUGAACAAUUUUUUAAGUUAUAAUUAUUUUGGUAUUUUAGUCCUUUCAUUUUUAUGAUAUUUUACACAUACAUUUGUUAGAAAUUUAUAUGCACUUAGGCCAUAUUUAGACCUGCUUUGAUUGUCUCUUUGUCGGGUGCCCCUUUUUCAAUACAUUUUGGUAAAAAUUAGUCAUUUUUUACCAAAAUUUUUAUGGUAAAAUGUAUGGUAAGAUUAAUGACUUUUGUAAUAACUAUCACGAAGGUCAUACCUAAGAUGAUUUUUAAUUGGUUGAUACUUGACAGUGUAAAAACUUCAAAUUUUAAUCUCUUUGUCUUAAGAGUCUCACAUGAGUGGUCAUUUACAUCUGCAGAAAUAACUGUUCUGAGAUAAAAUCAUAACAUAAAUGUUGCUGGUGAGAUAUUUUUUCACAUAUUUAAAACUAAGCCUUUGUCACACUCAAAAUAAUUACACAAAUAUUGCUGGUUUUGUGAUAUUUUAUUGUAGAAUGAGACAGACACAACUAUUUACAUAUUUUUGUUGUGCUUUGAAAGUUUUCCGUGUGUUUCUACGACACCCGUUGGCCCCAUCUGAGAAGUUGAGUUUAGCUGUGAAUGAUAGUCAAGUUGAUGCAGCAUGAGUUUACAAGGUUUCAACCCUGCCAGUUUUCAAGGAACGGUAGAAUUGCUCUUUGACAGUGUAAGAGUAUCAAAUAUGAAGUGUGUAUUACAUUGUGCUGGUUUUAUCUAACUGUCGAUGGCUAGUACAUGGUGCCCCUUUGUGGUGAGGAAGAUCAGGAUUUGAAGUUCCCAUUCCGCUGCUUAAUCUUGUCGAAGACUUGUGUAAUGUUCUCAUUUGUUUGUUUGUUAUUUGUCUUGGGCGAAGCAUUUUCACUGUCACAUUUUUGUAAGCUCAAAUAGUACAGGUGUAUUAACUCUUUCUCUUUUGGGGUACUUGUAUAUAGUGUAAGUUCAAAGCUUGUACAGGUACCAUAGUGAUCGGCAACGAUAGAUGGAUCAGAUGCAGCAGUUUAAUUAGUUUAGAAGCUGGUUAUCAAGAUACUAGGAUAUAGCCGUCGCUGCUAAUGAUCUUGUACGAGGAAAAACAAUUAAUAUGAAAUGGACAAGUUGGUGGUUAUAUAUAUCCCAAUAAUAUUGCUGAACUCCUGUUAUAAGACA